AUGUCCAACUUCACCAGCACAUCCUUCUCCUACACCUCGACAACCAACACCACCGACGGCGGUACAACAACCGGCCGCCGUUUCUCAACUGCCUCAACAACCGACAAAGAAGGCCUCACCAUAAUCCGCACCGCCCGUCAAGACCUUGGCCAACCCGCCAUAAUCGAAGAACGCCGGUACGACAAGUCCGGCCAGGAACAGCUGCUCCCUGCACCGCCGGAGAUGGCUGCUUUACCGUCGCCGGGAGCGGGAAAGGGUGAACCGGGGGAAGGAGAGAUGCAAAGAAUUACGGAGGUGAAUGAUGAGACGGCUAGCUAUGGGGGUGGGGAUAUGGGAACGGAGGUUUAUGGGUUGAAUUCGAGCGAGAAUGUAGGUGGGAAUUGGGGGGAUCUUGGGAGUGGGACAGAACCGGUUGAAACUGGUACGACUAGGGUACAGUAUGAGGAUCCUAAUACGGGGGCCAAGUUGCGCAAGGAGUCGGAGAUUGAUAUGUCCCAAUUAUUAGGAUAG